UCCCUCUCCUCCAGUUGUAUUUGUACACUUGUACUAGGCGGCAGACCCACAAGUGGAGAAGAGCAGGAACCACAGAGGAAACUGUUGUGGGAGCGUAGCGGACCCGAUGAGCGAGUGGACGUUGUUUGUGCGGCUCUUGGUGGGGUUUCUCCUCAGCGCCACAGGUGCUUGCUGCCCCAUCGAGCUGAGCCCGCCCAGCGUUGUGGUGAAAUAUGGAGACCCCGUCUCGGUCAACUGCAGCACGUCAGAUAACUCGUACAAUGGCAUGGGCUGGGAGGCUCCGCUGGGGGGGAUGGGCCUGCAACUAACCCACCAUUUGACCUGGAGCGUGGAUGCGCUGACUACGUGGAGAAUCUCGCCUCUCUGCUUCCUCAACCCAUCCCCGGGAAGUUCCAGCCAGCAAUGCUCCGAGAAGCUAGAAGUUGUUGUUUACACAUUCCCAGAAAGUAUCAAUAUCACACAUAACGGUAAUACAGUCAAGAGUGUUACCGUCGAGAAAGAAGACCACCUCAAUUUGGAGUGUGUCAUCGGCAACAUAGCACCCAUUGACAAAGUCACUGUGAGGUGGUACAGCGGAGAAACCGUCGUCAAUAGUCAUCACAAAGAGUCAUCUUCUAAGCCACCUGUUGAUCUGAUCUCUCAUUUCGAUGACCUGUCGUUAAUGAAAGCGCCCAUGCGAUGUGAGGCGCUGCUGGACCUGAGACCAGACGGACCGGUACUCAGUGUAUUUUCACCAGCGUUGAAUGUCUCUGUUCUUUAUGGACCAAUCUUUGAAUGCAGUGAUGAGAAGUGGUUGGAUGAGGAUUCUUUACAGACAUUAGAGGAUAUCUGCCCCGUGACGGGCAAUCCCACACCCGUAGUCAGAUGGCUGAAAGAUGGGAUACCCAUAAACCACUCUGUUCCUGUGACGCGGGAAUUUACAGGAAACUUCACCAUCCAAGCAGAAGGCGCUAAGAGUGUCAACAAAACUCUUUACCUUUUUGUGAACUAUGCGGAUGUACAGCUGCUGUGUGCAGACACCUUCACUGUCAUGGAACACACUCCUUUCAAGGAAGCCAUCUUCUGCUUUGUGCAAGGCUUUCCCGAACCUCAGGUCACCUGGUACAAAGACGGAGAUGAGGUGGAGUUUCCGGAGAUCCUGACAAGAUAUGACGCGGGGCAGUACGUAUUCAUCGCCUCCAACAAGUACUCCAGCGCCAACGCCACAGUGGAGCUGGUCAUACAAUACAAGCCUUCACCAAUAGAGGAGCUGGUGGACAUUGUGGCCGAGCUGGGAUCUGACGCGUGGCUGAAGUGCUCCACCAAAGGCCACCCUCGACCUGAAUACACCUGGACUUACCCCAACGCCCCAAAUAUCGUGGAGAUCAUUGAAGAUGGAGUGUCACUUUUGGUAAUCGAGAAUGUGACUUUGCACAACGCGGGCGUCUACACGUGUCACGCCAGGAAUGAGGCAGGGAAUACUUCUCGAAGUGCUACAGUCUCCAUAAAAGCUCCCCAAAGUUGUGGCCAGACAGAAUUGUUAUGUGGCUCUCUUUGUGUCCCGGAGAGUGCCAUUUGCAACGGAGUGGAAGACUGCCGGGACGGUUCGGACGAGACCUUGGACUUGUGUUCUCAAUCAGACAAUGUUAAUGUCGGAUGGACGACAGAAGCACGAGCAGGACCCCCCUUGUUUCCUCUCCGGUGGGAGGGGUGCGGAACAGCCGACCAUGUAGCCGUUAGCUUAGCCCUGACAGUUAGCUUCUUCCCCGGGAGAAGCCAACAGCUCACGCGGGUCGCCCGCCAAAGCCCCAGAGCCGCUCUGGCGAACCGAAGCCCGGAGAUGGAUGACUUAAAGUGGCUUCGUCUUAUGUCACUGUUUGUGACUUUAGAGCUGUCGCUUUCUAACGGGACGCAUUCGAGUACACCCAGUGAAUGCCCCGUAAGAAUACACCCCGAGACCCUGGUGCUGCAAUACAAAAGCCAAGGCCAGAAUGUGACAUGCACACCCACAUUCACUGGCUCCAAUGACAUAGAAGUACACUGGUUUGAUGGACACAACAACAACAGCACGACUUGGUCUGCUGACACCCACCAAGACUGGGACGCUAGUCCUGUCUGCUCUGCUGUGCGCCACGGGAAAAGAAUAUGCCAGAAACAUCUAAACUUCACUCUCUACAAAAUGCCAGACAGCGUCGUCAUCCGUUCCGAAGAGAACUCGAGUCUUCUGGAGGGUACAAUGUGGCAGCUGCAUUGUGACAUCAUCAGCGUGGCUCCCGUGCAAAACCUAGCUGUGCGCUGGUAUUACGGCAACGAAACAAUUGAGCCGGUGGUCAGAGGGCCGCUGAGGUUGGCCGACUGCCCAACAAACACGACAUGUGACAUCAGCGCUAUCAGAACGCCGGUGACCGUGUCAUCUAGCGCCAGCAUCCGUCUCAACAGAGACCUCAAGGGAGAAGAUUUGAGGUGCGAGGCGUAUUUGGACCUGGGAGCAGAGGGGCCACAGCCGCCUCCCUCCAUGAUGUCCCGUCCUGUCAGCAUCACCGUCUACUACAAACCAGUCAUCAACACCACAAAACUCCCUAUGGUUGUCCCGCUCUUUCGAGGUUAUCCUGAGGAGCUGGUCUGCGAAGCUGAUGGUCACCCACCUCCAGAUAUCGACUGGAUACACACUGCAGAUGCUCGUGUCUCAGGAGGCAACAUCACGGUUUCGGAGGGGGGGCUGUACAUCUGCAAGGCCUCCAAUUACUUGGCUGUGGCCCUCCAUGAGGUCGAAGUGAUUCCUAAAGAGGACUACCUGCCCCUCAUAGCCGGGUUAGUGGCAGUCACGGUGGUGAUCAUCUCCGCCAUCUUCGUCUUCAUCUACUCCAUCUACUACAAGAACACCAAGAUGCGGCGCUACAGCCUGAAAAACCCCAAACUCAGCACGCACAACGGCAACGUGGCCCACAACGGCUGGGACCUCCAGUUCCCCAUGACCAUACUCUCCUUAUUUGCGUAUGCAGCACAGACUGCAAGCGACUCUUGUCCAGUGGAAACGAGUCCAACCAAAGCGGUGGUGCCUUUCGGAGGCUCUUUCACCGCCACCUGUAAGGCCUUAUCCGACCAGGUGGAGGGUAUGGGCUGGGAGUCUUCCUACGGGGGUACAGGACUGCAGCAGGGAGUGACCAAUAUCACCUUGCAUGUUGAGUCCUUGAGAGACUGGAGAUUGAAUGCGGUGUGCUUCGCCAAUCUCAAAGAUGGCUCUCAGUGCACCCAACGGUUUCCCAUCACUACUUACAAAAUGCCUGACAGUGUGACCAUAGAUGGUUGGACAGAGAAUGAGCCGAAGAAGGAGGGCUUAACGUUCAUCCUAUAUUGUAAGGUCGUUCAAGUUGCACCUAUACGUGAAGUCAUGGUGGAAUGGUUCAAAGGAAAUAGGAGCAUCGGUUUGGCCGCACAAGGGAAGAUGGAGAACAAAGAGCCGAUCAAUGCUACAUUUGGCCAUGUUAUGACAGUCUUCAGAGAGGAUGACGGAACGCAAGUGUGGUGUGAAGCAAGGCUGGACUUUGGGCCAUCGGGGCCCGUACUUCCUGUUGUGUCUUCGGAGCCGCAGAAGCUGUUUGUGCUUUACCCGCCCACCUUCAACGAAACUCACACGAACCUGUCACUUCCCAUUGGAGGCAACAUGACUUUAAAUUGCAGCGCUUCUGGAAACCCGCCUCCGAGAUACAGCUGGACUCUCCCGGUCCCGUUGAAGUUGGAGACGGAAAAUCAACCCGUUUUGACCUCAUCCUUCCAGCAUCCCGGCACAUACCAGUGCACCGCCGCUAACUCCCUGGGCGCCACCACCAAAGUCUUCACUGUCAGCGAAGCUCCAACAGGGGAUUGGACGACCUUCGCAGCAGUGGUUGGAGUGUUUCUGGCCCUGGGAGUCCUUCUCGUCAUCGGCGGACUUUUAUUUGUCACUCCCCAAGGAACGUUUUCGUUUAACAAGGGCAGCUAUAGCAGGGGACAACCUACGUCAGUCAGCUGGGAUGAAGGGGCCCUUGUGUUGAACAAGCAUUGUUCCCUGCGGAGUUUGCCAAGCUUGUGCAACUUUGGAUUUUUCUUUCGCCGACGUUUCACCGCAGAAAUGGUGUUUGUGCCGUGGAUUCUGUGGACUAUGUGCAUGUUUUACUCAGCAUCAGGUGAUGGUUGCUCCUUAAUCCUCAAGCCCCCCAGGGUAGUGGUGGGCUUCGGGGAGCCGGUGUCGGUCAGCUGCGAGGCCACGCGGCCUGUGCGCGUUCUGGGAUGGGAGUCGGCCAUCAGCGCGGCGCACACUCAGCAGGGCCCGAGCGUCCAAUGGAAGGUGGACAGCCUCAUCGACUGGAUCGAGGAGCCCAUCUGUUACGGGGUGUUCUUCACGGCGCCUCGCCAGUGCGAGGAGAAGCUGAACCUCGUCCUCUACAAGAGUCCAGACAGCGUCACCAUCAGGACCGAGAAUCACACCGGACCCAUGGUGGAGGGCAAAGAGUACCACCUGCUCUGUGAGGUGCAGAACAUCGCUCCGGUUCAGUACCUCAACUUGAGGUGGUACAGGGGCCACACCCAGGUGUAUAACCGCUCCUUUUCUGACCUCACGUCUCCAUCGCCGGUGCAAGUGUCCUCCAUUUUGGUCAUCACGCCCGCCAAGGCCGAUAACGGCGCACGGUACAGCUGUGUAGCAGAGCUAGAACUCGGACCGGAGGGACCACAACCACCUCUGACUGUCACCUCGGAGACCCUGAUAGCAUCUGUGUAUUUUCCCCCAGUGUUCCAGAGUCCUGGACCAGAAAGUGUGGACAUUACAGAAGGUGCUGAAACGACACUGAACUGCACCGCCACAGGAAACCCGGCACCUCUCUACAGCUGGCACGCCUCCCAGCCCGUGCAUGAGCUGAGGGAGGAGAGCGAUGCCGUGCUCGCCUCCUCCUCCUUGCUGCCAGGAACCUACACCUGCACCGCCUCCAAUAAAUUAGGGAAGAAGAGCAAGCAUUUCACCGUCAAGGCCAAGGAGGUCUAAAGGCAUUUUGGUUUGCCUUCGGGUUUGAAACAAUCACCAGGACACAAUGUGGGGAGUUUUAAGACUCAAACAUGCAAUAUUUAUACUUCAUUUGUUACUAUUCUAACAUGAAUAGGGGUGUAGCAGUUACUCUAUUCUCUACAAUCACUUUAAAUAAAUGCCUCACCUCAAACAGGACAAAAAUGACAGGUGCUACCACUAGGGGGCAGUAAUUACCUUUUAAUAUAACCUUUACUAUGGCUGAUACAGCCACGUAUCCAUCUUUACCAAAACACACCGUCAACAUAGCAGACGUGGCAUCUGUAAAGCUGACAUUUACAAGACAAAGCCAUGUUUAGAUGCAGUGCAUUGGGG